CUUGCGCGGGCCGCGGACCUCCAGCACCAGUCGGGCGUUGCUGCGCAUGCCCGGAGGCAAGACGGCCGGGGUGUGGGGAAGGAGGAGGUGGUGGAGGAGGAGUGGAAGAGGACUGAAUUCCUAGUCUAGUCCCUUGCUGCGUGCGGGCGGCUCGCUCGGCGUCAGGUGCGCUCGCCAAAUUGGCGACUUUGGGGAGCUACGGGCAGGGCUCAUCCUGAAGAUCAGGUGAUUGUUGCCAUCAGCCAUGUCAUCGAGGCCUUUCGAAAGUCCACCUCCGUAUAGACCUGAUGAAUUCAAACCCGAUCAUUACGCACCAAGCAAUGACGUCUAUGGUGGAGACAUGCACGUUCGACCCAUGCUCUCUCAGCCGGCGUAUUCUUUCUACCCAGAAGAUGAAAUUCUUCACUUCUACAAAUGGACCUCUCCUCCGGGAGUCAUUCGGAUUCUGUCUAUGCUCAUUAUUGUCAUGUGCAUUGCCAUAUUUGCCUGUGUCGCCUCCACACUUGCCUGGGAUCGAGGCUAUGGAACUGGCUUACUGGGUGGUGGUCUAGGCUACCCUUACAGCAGCGGCUUUGGUAGCUACGGAAGUGGCUAUGCCUAUGGUUAUGGCUAUGGUUAUGGCUACGGAGGCUAUACAGAUCCGAGAGCAGCAAAAGGCUUCCUCCUGGCCAUGGUGGCCUUUUGUUUCAUCGCUGCAUUGGUGAUAUUUGUUACCAGCGUUAUACGAUCUGACAUAUCUAGAACAAGAAGGUACUACUUGACUGUCAUAAUACUGAGUGCUAUCCUGGGCAUCAUGAUGUUUAUCGCCACAAUUGUCUAUAUAAUGGGAGUCAACCCAACUGCCCAGGCUUCCGGGUCUAUAUACAGUUCACAGAUAUAUGCCAUCUGCAACCAGUUUUAUACAUCUGCAACUACUGGACUCUACAUGGAUCAGUAUUUGUAUCACUACUGUGUGGUGGAUCCCCAAGAGGCAAUUGCCAUUGUACUGGGGUUCAUGGUUAUCGUGGCUUUUGCUUUAAUAAUUUUCUUUGCUGUGAAAACUCGAAGGAAGAUGGACCGGUAUGACAAGUCGAAUAUUAUGUGGGACAAGGAACAUAUUUAUGAUGAACAACCCCCCAAUGUCGAAGAGUGGGUGAAAAACGUUUCUGCAGGCACACAAGAUAUGCCUCCUCCCCCUUCCGACUAUGUGGAGAGAGUAGACAGCCCGAUGGCCUACUCUUCCAACGGUAAAGUGAAUGACAAGCGGUUGUAUUCAGAGUCUUCCUACAAAUCAACACCGGUGCCCGAAGUGGUGCAGGAGCUGCCGGUGACCUCGCCUGUGGAUGACGGCCGGCAGCCUCGCUACAGCAGCGGCAACUUGGAGACGCCUUCCAAGAGGGCCCCCACGAAAGGAAGAGCGGGCAGGUCCAAGCGGCCAGAGCAGGACCACUAUGAAACAGACUACACGACUGGGGGCGAGUCCUGCGACGAGCUGGAGGAGGACUGGAUCAGGGAAUAUCCACCUAUCACUUCAGAUCAACAAAGACAACUCUACAAGAGAAAUUUUGACACUGGCCUGCAGGAAUACAAGAGCUUACAAGCAGAACUUGAUGAGGUCAAUAAAGAACUCUCUCGCCUAGAUAAAGAAUUGGAUGACUAUAGAGAAGAAAGUGAAGAGUACAUGGCGGCUGCUGACGAGUACAAUAGACUGAAGCAAGUGAAGGGAUCUGCAGAUUACAAAAAUAAGAGGCAUUAUUGCAAGCAGUUGAAGAGCAAAUUGUCACACAUCAAGAAGAUGGUUGGAGAUUACGACAGACAGAAAACAUAGGAGGCAGAUGCCGCGUGGUUUGAGAGAUCAAGAAGUAUUUAACAUCUCUGCAACGUUGUCAGAAGGCAAAAUGACUUUGGAUUCUAACCCAGGAGGCCAAAUCUUUGUGAUCAUGACAAAGUUUUGGUAGCUUUAAUAUCAUCAGUAUUGAAGCAUUUUAGAAAUAGCUUUUGAUAAUCGACUGGGCUGAACACUCCAAUAAGGAUUCUGUGCUUUAAACUUUGGCUGUUGUGUUAAGGACUGACUGACUGACUGCAGGUUGAGGUCUUUAAACCUUGAAGGAAGGUCCCACGGUGACCUGUGCUGUGAACGCGCAUACGUGGGGCAGUCUUUUCUUAAUACAUAAGUGCACUCAUUAGUUCCCAUAGGUGAUCUCGUCCAUUCCUCUCAGAACUCUGCCUUCAGAACUGUUAUUUAUAAGCAUUCCUUCUCAGGUCAGGAAGCUGGGUCCCUGCCGUGAAGUCUCUGAGAGUGCCUGCUUCCUGGCUUGCAGUUUUGGUUAAGUCUGUUUUGUGACUUGAGUCCAUGAAUAAAGUCCCUGGCCUUUAGUAUGUUAGCUACUAUGGCUAGUGCAUUUUACCAAUCUCCCUAUUGAUUUUUUUCUGUGUAUAAAUGGUAUUAAAAGAGCUCUUUAUCGUUUUAUGUUAUCCGGAUAAUAAUGAUCAUGUAAAAAUAACAAAUUGUGAAACUUAAAGAUUGUAAAUAAUAUAUUCACCUUUUAAGAAUACAAAUUUAAACCUCCUGGUUAGAAUUCUGUUGUGUAUUUUAAAAUACUUUGUAAUCUUUUAUGGUUUACAUGCAUUUUGUUUGUUUUAAACCAACUAGGCUUUUUCAUUGUUUCAGAGUAUCUGAUGACGUUGCUAAUUCAGUUGUGACUUGAAUUGUAUCUUACAACCACAUUCAAGUUCUGUACAUACUUUAUAAGGUAUUAAACCUGGUGGUGUCUUUCUUUCAUAUACUUGUUUGACAUCAUUAGUGCUAUUAAUAUUAAGUUUUGGAAAUGAGAAUCAGUUUUAUCUGUUAAUGUUUUAAACUACUUUGGGUGCUGUGCUGGUUGCUAAAUGUCCCAGUCAUUUGACUGUCAGCAGGCUGAUUUGUCUGGAAAUAGAGGGCAACCCCACAAAACAUCAGACUAUUUCAGAUGGUGCCCUUGGUUCACCACUUUUUUUUUUAAACUUAAAUUCUUAUUAGUAAAGUAAGAUUAGCUGAUAGUAGUGGACCUAUAGCUAGCCCAGUUGAUUGCGAUGAUCUCCUUAGUUUAGAACUGUUUUUGUGAAUAUUUUUGAAGAAUAAUCUUUAAUCAUUAGUAUACAAUUCAGACAUUUAAGUAUGUAAUUCUUUAUAUACAAGUCUGAAUCAUUUUCCAAAGAUACAUCUUAAAAUAAUGUUCCUAUUAUAACAUUGAUUCAUUUCUUCAAAUUGAAGAAAUUCUUAAUUUUCCAUGUGCUGUACAUACUUACUACAAAAGGUAAUAGUUGAUAGUUUACCAUUUGGUGUGAAACCAAAAGGUAUGAAAAGACUCUCUUGAGCAACUUAACUCAUUUUUAUGUAUGCUCAAAUUUCUAUGUUCUCAGAAGUCAGUGUACUAAGAUUAUGAAGAUGGCAAGGUUACCAGGGUUCUCUCUAUACAGCUGAAUGAACAAAAUCAAAUACCAUGAAUUUCCAUUGUAAAAUUGUGUCAGAAAAUUGGACUUAGAAAUAAAACACAAGAAAAUCAUUUCUCAAAUGUGGUACUUAAAGACCACUUGGGAUUAACCAGCUGGAUGUAACUUUGAAAAACCACUUAGGCCAAUUUCUAGUUUGGAAAAUAAAGAGGUUUGGGUUAGAUGUCAGAAGUCUUGUACAUCUCUGACCUGAGAUUCUCACGUCUGCAGUCUGCCUUCUAUAAACGAUUUUUCCAGAAAUUCUGUUAUGAAAGCAUGUGGUCCUGCUGAUAAAGGUUAACUGCACACGGGGAUUCCUUUACAUAGGUGAUUCUGUAUUAAAAGUAGGUAAGAUUAGUAUUUUAAUUUCUCGUUUGAAAAAUUUAAAGAAAUGUAGAAAAUUAUAAACAUGCAUAUAUCCAUGUGCCAGGAAGAACAGGUGUUAGUUUUGUCAUAUAUGCCUUGUAUUUUUGAAAUAAAUUGAAGUCUAUUAGUACUUAUAGUAAAAGUUACAUUGUAUGCACACACAUAUAUGAAAUUAUCAUUUAAUCUUUAUAACGUUCCAUUGACAUGUAAUCAUUUCUCACUCUUAUUUAACAGGUAAGAAAACUGAUGACGUGGUAGAUUAACUGGCCCACUGUCACACAGUGGCAAGUGAUUAAGUAGGAUUGGAAUCUUGGUCUGUUGGAAUUUUAGGUUCUGUACUCCCAUUCUAGUUGACUGUCACUAAAUUCAUGGGUUGGGUAAGAUGGGAUUGCUGUGUCUGAUGUUAAUAAAUUUUAUAAGUGCAUUUUAAA